UGUAGUUCUUACUGUCUUUAAUAACUUUUAAUGACUGUUUCUGACCCAUUUUUCACAGCUUAAUUUACAUAAAUAGUCUGAGUGGACUGGGAUGGAUAACAGACUUCUGUUUUUAGUAAAUAUUGAGUCCAUAUGGUGUAAAAAAAAAUGUGGUGUUUGCGAAAGCAGGCAUUUUUAUUAGAAUUGCUUGUAUUUACAGUUAGAGAUUUAAGCAACUUUAGUGCAAAAGUCAACCUGCAGUAUAACGUGUGUUCUGUUCAUUUCUGACUUAAACUGUUUGCCUGGUGAAAAAAUAAGAAGCUCAACGUACAUUGAAAGAGGUCUAGAACAAUAUAGACUUGAGGGUGGGCACUUUAAUUAACUUUAUUUACUCAUUUUAAUGCUAAAUUGUUGUAGUUAGAGUCUUAAUUGAAAAGAUGUAGGUGCUUAAGGGUCCCUGGUUAAUUCAUCGAGCACAAGAUGUUUUUUUCCUGCUCUUGCGAUCAGUCGCUCAUUGUGUUUUGUCCUCCUGUGGAGUCUUCAUUAGCUCUGACAUUUCCUAUCAGUCCUGUCCUGUCAUAGUGGGUUUCCUGCUGCAUGUCUGAGGUCUGAAACUCCAGGGCCCAGACAUAUGGCUCCUGACCACACAUACACUGUCCUGCCAAGACCUCUACCUGCUGAGACUAACCUUUCUGCGUACGUGUGUGUGUGUGUGUGUGUUUCAGCCCAUCUGAAUCAAGAGCGAGAAAAGCGGGUGGUGUUUCUCACAGCCCGCGUUCACCCUGGAGAAUCACCUGCUUCCUUCAUCUGUCAGGGUUUCAUUGACUUUCUGGUCAGCCACCAUCCCACCGCUCAGGUCUUGCGAGAUCAUGUGAUCUUUAAGAUCGUCCCCAUGCUCAACCCUGAUGGCGUGUACCUGGGAAACUACAGGUGUUCUCUAAUGGGUUUUGAUCUGAACCGUCAUUGGCAGGACCCUUCCCCUUGGGCCCACCCCACUCUACAUGCCGUCAAACAACUUAUUGUCCAAAUGAACCAGGACCCAAAAGUGAGUUUGGAUUUCUACAUUGACGUGCACGCCCACUCCACCAUGAUGAAUGGCUUCAUGUAUGGUAACGUCUUUGAGGAAGAGGAUAGAGUGCAGAGGCAGGCCGUCUUUCCUCGACUCUUAUGCCAAAACGCGCCUGACUUCUCUCUUUCCAAUACAACAUUUAACCGUGACCUGGUCAAGGCUGGCACCGGCCGACGCUUCUUGGGUGGUCUGUUGGACGACACGUCGUACUGCUACACCCUGGAGGUCUCCUUCUACAGCUACCUGACAGCAGGAACCACCUCACCUGUGCCGUACACUGAGGAUGGCUACAUGAAGCUGGGUAGAAACGUGGCCCGGACGUUCCUGGAUUACUACAAGCUGAACAACCUGACAGAUGAGAGCAAGCACAUUAACAGCACUUCCGAAGGAACAUCCACCAGUCAUCAAGGAAACUAUACUGGAAAUGGGAAGGUAAAAGGGGACAGAAAGCCCCAUGGAGUCAGGGACUAAACACACAGUGAACAACCGUCCACUUGCAAAUUACAUUUUCAUAUCAGCCCACAGCAAUCCACCUGAUAUUUGUUGUGUAAGUUUUUAUGUGAUGAUAGGAUUCAACGACUGAAUAAGUCUUCAGUAUUAAUUCUAACUUGUGAGAUAUUGCACCGAGAAAACAUCAACUGUAAAUUAUCCCACAGGCUACAUUUAUUGCUUUUUCUGUCCUUUGUUGAAUACCAACUAUUUUCUUUGCCUUGCUCUUGGAGAUGCCUAUUAUAAGAACAGAAAUUGUAUUUCACUCAGCUGUACUCAUUCAGAUAAAGUGAUUACUUUUAUGAAUUCUUUAAUUGUCUAGAUAGUCAUCUUUAGUUGUUUGUUCAAACCUGAAUGCUUGAACAUUGCUUAAAUAUAAAGCAAUUGACCUGUAAUGUUUUAUUAUAUUCAUGCUUUGUGUUUGGAAAUUUGCAUCUAAUAAAGUGAUAAAAAAAUGUU